AGUGAGAGCAGAGAAGAGAUAUUAGGCUGAACAGAAGUAAAGAACUGUGGAAGGACUGAAGACACCUGCCUGGCAAGACUUACCAGAAAGAGACCAAAGCUCUCCAUCGCUCUGUCUCCCUAUUCUCUUUGUUUGUCAUUCUCUCUCUAAUGGAAGUAACUUAGAACACGUUGCUCCAUCUCAUUCCCCUGUCCCUCCCUGGUGACGGGAGCGCCCAGCAGGAUGUGAUGUCGUGGAAGAGGAACUACUUUGCGUCAGGCGGUGGCAGCGGAGAUCCUGGUGGAGGGCUACAGGGACUGAUCACGACCCCUCGGACUAUGGCCUCCUUCGCCCCGAGUAAAGGCCUUAGCAACGAACCUGGACAGAACAGCUGCUUCCUAAACAGUGCUCUGCAGGUCCUGUGGCAUCUGGAUAUAUUCCGUAGAAGUUUCCGCCAGCUGACCACCCACAAGUGUAUGGAAGACUCCUGUAUCUUCUGUGCCCUCAAGAGUAUCUUUGCCCAGUUUCAGUUCAGCAGUGAGCGUGUGUUACCGUCCGACAUGUUGCGGAGCGCACUAGCCAAGACCUUCCAGGACGAACAACGCUUCCAGCUGGGGAUCAUGGACGACGCAGCAGAAUGCUUUGAGAACCUGCUGAUGCGUAUCCAUUUCCACAUCAGCGCAGAGACCAGAGAGGACAUCUGUACAUCUAAACACUGUAUACCACACCAGAAGUUUGCCAUGACGCUGUUCGAACAGUGUGUGUGCAGUAGUUGUGGAGCCUCGUCGGACCCCCUUCCCUUCAUUCAGAUGGUUCACUACAUCUCUACCACGUCCCUCUGUAACCAGGCGGUGAGGAUGUUAGAGUGUAGAGAGAAGCCCACCCCCAACAUGUUUGGAGAGCUGCUCCGCAACGCCAGCAACAUGGGGGACCUACGCAACUGCCCGAGAAACUGUGGGGAGGUGUUGCGUAUCCGCCGUGUGUUGAUGAACUCUCCAGAGAUAGUGUCCAUCGGCCUGGUGUGGGACUCAGACCACUCUGACCUGGCUGAGGACGUCAUUCACAGCCUGGGCACCUGUCUACACCUGGGGGAUUUGUUUUACCGUGUGACAGAGGAGAGGGCUCGUCAGGCUGAGCUGUACCUGGUUGGUAUGGUGUGUUACUAUGGCAAACACUACUCCACAUUCUUCUUCCAGACUAAGAUACGGAAGUGGAUGUACUUCGACGACGCUCAUGUCAAAGAGAUCGGUCCUAAGUGGAAGGACGUGGUGGCACGCUGUAUAAAGGGUCACUACCAGCCUCUAUUACUGCUCUAUGCUGACCCCCGGGGGACGCCGGUGGUAUCGCAGGACAUCUCCUCCCUGUCUAACCCCCAGCUGGACCUGCUGCACUGCAGCAAGGCAGGAUAUGAGAGCGAGGACUCUGGACGGGAGCCCUCCAUAUGCAGUGAUGCCCGUACAGAUUCCUCUGACAGCUCCAGCCACCGAGACUCUCGGAAUCGCCCUCUCCGCCAGUCAACAGGCAGCCACCUGUCCAACAAAACGCAGACCAUCGUUGUCGGUAACCAUGACAACGGUGCAGUUGCAGCAGCAGAGACCCCCCUCUGCCCCCCCUCCCCUCCCCAGCAGGGUGACUAUAAAGAGACAGCUGUGUUCCUCCUUUCCUCUCGUCGCCCCACGUCAUCUUGCUCUUCCUCCCAUCCUCCCUCCUCAUGUUCCUUCCAUCCCCCCUCUACCUGUUCCCCCUAUCCCGUCUCCUCCUCCUGCUCUUCCUCCCGUCCCAUGUCCUCUUCCUCCUCCUCGGGGAUAGGUGGGUCUGUACUGGGAUCUGAGGCAGGGGCCGUGGGGCCACACUGGGAGGAUGAGAGCACCAGCAGUGAGUCCAAGUCUAGUUCGCCUGGGGGUCGAAGUUACCGGCCGGCCUGGAGGCCACGGAGGGAAGCCCUGAACAUCGACAGCAUCUUCACCUGCCAGAGAGGCUCUCCGCUGGGCUACAGCACCCUGCCUGGGCCCCCUCUACCCUCUGAGUUUCAACAACACUGUCCAACUAACACGGCUGAUCUGCAGGGGUCAAGAGAGAGGGCCGGGGGUGUAGGUGGUGUGGGGGGAGAUACGGAGGGGGUGGCAGGGAUGCCUGGGUUGCUAGGCAACGGCGCAGACUGCCCCCCUCCUCCCCCGUUGAGAGGGGCGGAGUCUCAGCCUCGUCUGAUCCAGAGGAUGGAGAGUGGUUAUGAGAGCAGCCCUGACAGGGAGGUAGGUCAGAAGCGUGUGUUGAUGUCUGGCCCAUCGUGGCGCACGGUGCCCAAGUCUAAGAGCACUAGUGCCAUCCUGCAGGAGCUGCCAGCACCUCGCUGGGGCUGCAACAACAGCCUGGGCGCUGGCCGUAGCGAGCUGGAUGAGCUUCAGGAGGAGGUGGUGAGGAGAGCGAGGCAGCAGGAGCAGCAGAGGAGGAAGGAGGCGGAGAGAGAAGCUGCCGUGGGAUUUAACCCCAGACCCUCCAAAUACAUGGACUUAGACCAGCUACAACACCAAGCUGUGCUCAGCCCCCUGCAUGAGGCUAAUUCUCGUAGUGGAUUGACUGUAGCUGCGUGCAUGAGGAGCACUGCGGAGCCAAUAACACAGGAACAGGAUAUGGAGCAGGAAACAGGAAGCGCCAGUCCACAGGGACAUCGCAGGUACCAUAACUGUCCCCUGUGUGUCCCCGAAACCCACACAGGACCCCCCUGUGUGUGUCCCAGCUCUGCCUGUCCAAAAACCACCCCUCUGUGUGUGUGCCAGCUCUGCUUGUCCAAAAACCACCCCAGGACCCUCUGUGUGUGUCCCAGAUCUGCCUGUCCAAAACCUCCUCUGUGUGUAGUGCAUGAACAGUCUGGCCCGCUCCAAGUACUGCUGACGCCCAAUCAGGAGGGGGAAGAGGUCCGGCCAGCCUACCAGGAUGCAACCCUGGGCCCUGGUCAGCCCCCUCUCCACUCAUCCCUCCCACGCCCUUCCACCAACAAGCCCCCAGCACAGGUUGAGGAGGGUGAGAAGGGGGAGCAGGUGAGGAGGGGUGAGGGAGGACAGGGAAUGAGCCUGGAGGAGUUGUUACAGGCUGGGGGCGUGAGACCUGUUGGCAGACACCUGGCCAUCUCUCUCCCCUCUCUAUCUCUCAGACUCUGGGAUAUGUCUCACACACACGCUCCCCCCUCACACACACACUCUUACUCUGACCCCCAAUACACUCACCCUCCAUCCUCACAUACAAACCCUGAGCACCCACACACACACUCCGACCGUCCACCCACCCCCUGCUCCUCCCGCAGUCAGCCCCACCCCUCACCCUCCACUGCCUCUCCACAUUGGCCCGAUCAAGGUUCCGCCGCCAACACCUUCACACGUCAUUGGUCCUCCUGGAGCGUGGACCGCCCAGAUGCCGUGGUUACGCCAUAUGACACACCUCCAGACCGCCGCCUCCCCUUUAGGCCACACCUCCCCUACCGAAACUACAACUCCCAGCACGCCCCUGGGCAGCAUGACGCCUGUGACCCUGAGGAGGCAGAGUUUUCAGAGCUGGACUUCCUAUACCGGGCCAGCCUCCAGGCAGGAUGUAGAGGUGGUAGCCCGGUCAGGAGGCUGCAGUGUGGGGUAGGAGGGCCAGCCCGUUCCCUCACCCCCAAUGCCAACAUGGAGAGGAGUGAGUACCAGACUGACUGCAGCAGCACAAUGGUCCACAGUCUGAGCGGCACAAUCAUCAACCCGCGUCGCCACCGUCUCGCCGCAACACGCAGCUUUGCUCCUUCCAGGCCAGCCCUCUGGGGUCCUAACCCUCCACACCGCUACAGGCUCCUUCCAGACCAGCCCUGUGGGGUCCUAACCCUCCACACCGCUACAGGCUCCUUCCAGGCCAGCCCUCUGGGGUCCUAACCCUCCACACCGCUACAGGCUCCUUCCAGGCCAGCCCUCUGGGGUCCUAACCCUCCACACCGCUACAGGCUCCUUCCAGGCCAGCCCUCUGGGGUCCUAACCCUCCACACCGCUACAGGCUCCUUCCAGGCCAGCCCUCUGGGGUCCUAACCCUCCAUACCCCUACAGGCUCCUUCCAGGCCAGCCCUCUGGGGUCCUAACCCUCCACAGCUACACUGUAAGCCCCAAUGUGCUGUCAUUACUCAAAACUUUUGAGGAAACUCUUUGCACUUAAUAUAUACAUUUUAGUCAUUUGGCAGAUGCUCUUAUCCAGAGUGACUUACAGGAACCUCUAACCCAUGCCUCCAAUAGAAUUUCCCAGUAUGCCUCGCCUUUUUGAGGGAAUUGUAGAGUUACCACCCAUGACUGUAUUUGUUAGUGACAUGGUUGUUGAAUUCAUUCCUUUUAUAUUUGCCCUGUGACCUUCACCAAUUGAAUUCCAAGAUAAAUGUUAUCAUUAUAAUUAUAGUCUUUAUUACUUAUCUCAUAAGGCCUUAUUUUGAGGCCUAGUGUUACCCUAAUACAGUGGCCUGAAACUCAAGGUUUACAGGCCACAUCAGGCCUGCAAAUAGGGUUGCAAACUUCUGGAAUCUUUCCCAAAAUUACUUGAUUUUCCCAAAAAUCCUGGUUGAAGGAUUUGCGCACAACGUACCCAAUUUUUGCCAUCCCUACCUGCAAAUCACAUUAGGCGGGCUUGCAAAGUGAUGUGUAAAACAGUUGAUAUUUUAAUUUACCCGCAACCUGCAUUUAUAAUGACUGCCAGGGUUAGAAACCAUUUAAACUGGAACAACCAUUUCAGAAAUGGGUGCCAAAAAAUCUAAGUAAAUGAUUGGAUUAUUUUAGAUUUUUUAAAAUGUAUCUUUGUGUAGCAUAAGAUUAAUCAAUCACUCAAUGUACAUGCAAAAACACAUAUGAAAAACUAUUUGAAAAAAAUCUGUCUGCAGUAGAGCAUGCUGAGAAAAAAAGUUGAUUUGUUAUCAUAACUUAAAAGAGUUGAUGUGACUUCUCAUUUCGUUUUGAGUCAGUACCACAUAAACAUUUGAAGUAAAAGUGACAUUUAAUUGAUUUAAGUAAAAAAUGCCUUGGGGUUUACAUUGUACACACACUUUCCAGGGCGGCCCUCUGGGGUCCUAACCCUCCACACUGCUACAGGCACUUUCCAGGGCAGCCCUCUGGGGUCCUAACCCUCCACACUGCUACAGGCACUUUCCAGGGCAGCCCUCUGGGGUCCUAACCCUCCACACUGCUACAGGCACUUUCCAGGGCAGACCUCUGGGGUCCUAACGCUCGACACUGCUACAGGCUCCUUCCAGGCCAGCCCUCUGGGGUCCUAACCCUCCACACUGCUACAGGCACUUUCCAGGUCAGCCCUCUGGGGUCCUAACCCUCCACACUGCUACAGGCACUUUCCAGGGCAGCCCUCUGGGGUCCUAACCCUCCACACUGCUACAGGCACUUUCCAGGUCAGCCCUCUGGGGUCCUAACCCUCCACACUGCUACAGGCACUUUCCAGGGCAGCCCUCUGGGGUCCUAACCCUCCACACUGCUACAGGAACUUUCCAGGGCAGCCCUCUGGGGUCCUAACCCUCCACACUGCUACAGGCACUUUCCAGGGCAGCCCUCUGGGGUCCUAACCCUCCACAAUGCUACAGGCACCUUCCAGGCAGCACUGCACCUCACCCACCGCCACAAUAGGGGGUUGACCAAGGACCCCCCUAUCCCCAAACACGCACAUCUCCCCACCACCGCCCCUCAGUGGUCUUCUGAACUCACCACUACUCCCAUCUCCAAUACGGGGAAAAAAAUGCAUUUGAAAUAUAUUUUUGGGAUGCAGCUUAGGAUACAUGUGAAAUAUAAAACAUUUGCCAAAUAAUGUAUUGUUUAUGCAUCUGUAAAUGUAUUUUAACGUGUGAUAUACAUUGGUAAAUGUAUUCGGAAUAUAUACAUUUGUAUAGAAAUAUAUUAUUUGGCGAGUUUGGGCUGUCGCCCCUCCCUGCCCUUUUCCAACUAUUAUGUCUAUGCAGUCAUUCUCAGCUCCCCUCAGCAGGAAUUACUCUGAAACCCCAAACUAGAAAACAACAAACUCAUCUAAUUACUCUUCUGUUAGCCUCCUAACAUGGACCGACUGAACGUUAGCCUGCUGGCCUGCCCCUCUUUGGGUCUAUAAAGGAGAAAGUAGAUUAGCUAGCCUGGUUUAGCUUCCAACCACCCUGCUUUACCUGCUCCAAUCAGAGGGGCCCUGGAACCUUCAAAUUGACAGAUCCAAAGGGGGAGGGGGUUAACGAUUAGCUACGCCUCUUCCUCUUUCUUAAUGGACAUUUCCGGUCAGAUGAUGGCAUACCACACCUGGCCGUGCUGUUUCCAUGGCAACCCCUGGACUAGUGUGUACGUGCCUACAUACAUACCUAAUAGACUGAACUCUAAUAAUAACUAAAGUCAUGUACAGAAACACUAUAUAUGAAACCUGUAUGUUAUUAAGACCUUAUGGAAUGUUCAUACUAAUAAUGAAGAUAUCGAUCAUUUAGUUGUACCUACUGGUUCUGGAGUGCGUGACCUUCACAAGUCCAGCUGGAGGUCACCUGACUGUCAGUUGUAGCUUAUUUUAUUUGACCUUUAUUUAACCAGGCAAGUCAGUUAAGAACAAACUCUUAUUUUCAAUGAUGUCCUAGGAACAGUGGGUUAACUGCCUGUUCAGCUCGGGGGUUUGAACUCGCAACCUUCCGGUUACUAGUCCAACGCUCUAACCACUAGGCUACCCUGCCGCCCCUUAUACUGGGAGAAACUACCAGACUAGCUCUUUAUUUUCUCUUAGUUAAUUUUUUUAUAUGUUUGUUUUUUGACAGAUAAUGGUAGUUAAAUGGAACAAACUUUUGCACACCUAAAAUAAUGUGAUAAAGAGCUAUGAUAGAGGGAGGGUAAGGGAACUAUGAC